CAUUCUUUGAUUCUUCAUUUGUGACUUCAGAAAAGUCACAACAAGAAGUGUUUCAGUAUUCUCUAAACCACAUUAGAAAUACAAUUUCAGGCCCACAGGUAAAAAUAAGCUCCACAGCUCGGCUGCAGACACUGCUAACAUGGCUGAAACACACAGUUUGACAGCAGCGCAGGGCAGGAAGAAAUGGAAUUUACCACAGAGAGGUGGGACUGAGCCUAGAAAAGCAAAUACUGACCCUCCUGACAGAGACACUGAGAGAAAACUGGCAGUUCCUUUCAGAGGUCGUAUCCCAGGAGGAAUGCAGCUGGGAAAAAGGAUCAUAGUGAUUGGUACUGUGAAUCCCCAUCCUGAUAGGUUCUACAUUGCCCUGACAUGUGGUUGUGGCACAUCCAGGGAGCCUCCACCUGAUGUGGCUCUGGAAAUGUGUGUUCGAUUCAAGGACAGACAAGUGCUACGAAGAGCCUGCAUGUCUGGAUCCUGGGGAGAUGUUGACAAAGCUGUUCCUUUUUUCCCCUUCAUCAGAGACCAGCCCUUCAAGAUUGAGAUUCGGUGUGAACAAAGCAGAUUUCGUGUGUUUGUGGAUGGCCAGCAGCUGUUUUAUUUUCACCACAGAGUGACAUCACUCAAAGACAUUGAUACCUUAUGGAUCAAAGGUAGCAUCAUUAUCUCCAAACUGGGUUAAGCAGUGUCCCUGCUCAGCAGUGCUCACCAGCCCUUUUGGAGGUCUUGGAUUUCAGUGUUAUUUGCACUGUGUGUAUUCACUCCAGGCAUUCUGGCACCAGAUGAUGCUGGUACAACAAAACAAGAUUUACAAAUGUCCAUAUUAGUGUGUGAUUAAUAGUUUCUGAUGUUCAGAAAUGCAUUGUGCGUUCUACAAACAAAUAUUAGUUUAAAUGAAAGUUAAAACUUUAAUAAAUUCAGAUUCCACAUGAAUGGACUGUAGAGUUAUGGGUCUCUUUUCAUCAACAUAUAUCACAACAUCAGUUUCUAGUUCAGUGUAUCAGUGUAUGUAUUAACAGUCUGUAAGUGGAGGCUUUAUUAUAUAAAUACCUGUUUGUCCUAGCUGGAAUUUUACUUGCUACAAAAAUACUUUUGGUUUUGUUAAAUUUUUGUAUUUUUUGGUAAUUAAUGCAUUUAUCAAUACUUAUCACUUGAGCACUUUUGAAAAUCUUCUGUUUGUAGAUUAUUAGAUUACAACAUAUAUUUCUUAAACUGGUUAAUAAAUAUUUAAAAUGUA